CGCUGAAGCGUAACAUUGUACGUAGGUUAGUCAUGCACACGGUUUGUGGUGGUGGUGAAAUUUUGCAACGCUUCAACUUCAAGUUGAGUUUCACUAAAAUUUAUUGCUUUUUUGGCAGUUUGUUACCCCGGAGCUGUUGGUGGAUCUCAGGUGAGAAUCGGAGGUCACGGUCCCAACUUCACUGCGCUCAUCUGUCAGCCUGUCCAGGCAGAUUCCGUGGGUAUGGGGUCCAGGAUUUUAUUCUACCCUACCCUGGGCUUCAAUGUCUUCAUGAAGAGUGUGUCGUCGCGGGAAUGGUACGACCGGAUCGACCCUACGGUGCUACUGGGGGCGCUUCCACUGAGAAGUAAAAACAUUGCGCAAGAGGUCGUAGAAAAGGAGAACGUAAAAGCAGUCAUUGCCAUGAACGAAGACUUUGAGCUGAAGAGAUUUGUCACAACAAGAGAGGAAUGGGCCAAGCUGGGAGUGGAUUGCCUUCACCUGCCGACGGUAGACUUCACAGAGGCUCCUAGUAUGGACAAGCUGGAGCGCGGUGUCCAGUUCAUCCUGGAAUACGCCGAGAGACAAGAGUCGGUUUACGUCCAUUGCAAGGCUGGACGGACACGCAGCGCUACUCUGGUUGGCUGCUACCUGAUGCAUGUGAACAAAUGGACCCCCCAGGAGGCACAGAUCUUCAUCCAGACCAAGCGACAUCACAUCAUCAUGAAGGAUAAGCACUUCCGGGCCAUGUACAGGUACUACGACAAGCAUGUCAAGAGUCAAAGGGCGGGUCACAAGGUCGAUUUGUCAACAGACGACUAGCAAAAUCACCCAUCGUAGGCACCAUUUCCUAAAUGUUAGGUUCCACAAAACUUUGAUCCACAUUCAAAUUGUUUAGUCCAAAUUUCAGAUUGCUUAGGUACAGAAGGGACUUUGUUGUAGACUCAUUAACCCAUGGAGCAGCCUAUCAAAAAAAUCACACCGUGGAACCACGUGGAGAAUUUUAUCACCACAUGUGUUUAUAGGUCAAUAACCCUGGCAUGCCUGUAUACUGGUAUAUGCACAAGAUAAAGGUAAUUUACAUGGCCAUGGAUUGUUUAUAACCUGUCUGGGCUCCUGGCAGCACGAAGGGUUGACACAAAGGGAUCGGCGACACUUAGGGCUGGCCACUAAGAUCUCCAAAUACUGCACAAAGGCAUUGGAC